UGCACAAAAAAAAUUAGGACUUGAUACUUCACUUGUUUAUUGACUUACUUUGCCUAGGAGGAAUUAAGUACGUUUCUCAUAUCUUUUGUAUGCUUGUGAUUGAAAUUUAUCAGUCUUGAUAAGUAAAUUUUGAGGAUUAACAGGGAAACCCUAAGUAUGAUGGAAUUUCUUAACCAGCCAAAUGUACACAUUGGUGAUCCAGACCAUGUUAAGCAUGUUAUAGAACAGUUGAUUCAGUAUGGCCCAGACAAAUUACAGGUUGUGUGUGAUUUUGAUUUUACACUUUCAAAAUACUAUGAAAAAGGGAAGCCCUGCUCAAGUUGUCACAAUCGUAGCAGACUUUGAUAGAACUUUGACGAAGUACAUCCACAAGGGUCAUGUCUGUGCUACCUGUCAUUAUGUGUUAGAGGAAGGAUCCUUGCCAGAAUUGUACAAGGAGAAGGCAAGAACUCUCAGAGAUACAUACUUUCCCAUAGAAACCAAUCCUAAAUUAUCAGUGGAGGAGAAAAUUCCUAAGAUGAUUGAAUGGUGGACAAAAUCCCAUGGUUUGCUAGAAACAUGUGAAAUAUCCAGAGAUUCUAUACAGCACUGUGUAUCCUCAUCUACUGCUAAACUUAGAGACGGAUGUUCUUGGUUUUUCGAUGAGCUAAAGAAGUAUGAGGUACCAGUGUUGAUAUUUUCAGCAGGGAUUGGUGACAUUAUUGAGGAAGUUAUAAAACAACAAUCAACCAUGCAUGACAAUAUGCACAUUGUAUCAAAUUAUAUGAAGUUUAAUGAAAAGGGUCAAAUGACUGGAUUCCAGAAUGCCAUUAUACAUGUUUACAACAAGAACGAGAAUGCUAUCCACGAUUCUGCUUAUUUCCAGAAUAUAGAACAUAAAACUAGUAUGAUUUUAAUGGGUGAUUCCCUAGGAGAUCUACACAUGGCUGAUGGUGCAGAGGUCGAUCAUAAACUAAAAAUAGGAUUUCUUAAUACAAGGGUAGAAGAAAGCCUGGAGCUAUACAAGAAGAAGUAUGACAUUGUAUUAGUUGAAGAUGAAACACUAGACGUCCCAAAUAAUUUAUUACGUAGCAUUCUAGAAAGAUGAUGAAAAUUGUUUAAUAGGUUGUUUUAAAGUUGUUAUUUAUCUAUACAGCUGAUUCAAAUGCCCUAUGCAAUUUUUUACUGCUUUUGAAAUUGUUGAGUGUUGUCAACUUUUUGCAAAGAUCUCCACAUUGAUAGACUUUAUAAGAGAUAUUUCAGAAGUGAAAUAACUCUGUUGUACUUAUUUUUUUUUUAUUUUAGAAGGUUUAGGAGGAGCAUAGAAAUAGUCUCUUAAUAUUCCUAGAGUGUUUAUGAAUAGUUAUUAGCAAAAUUUAGACAUUUGAGGGGAUAUACGAGGGCAAAGGGAGUAUAGAUAUUUGAGGGGCUAUACCUGACUAAAGGGAGAUUACUUUUUAAAUAAGUGUAGAAUUUGUAAUAUCUUGGUUAUACAAUGCUUUCUUAUGCAGUCAAGAGAACAUAUUUUUAAAAUAAUCUUUGUAACCAAGAACCUUAGAAUGUAUUCAUGAAAAUGGGUGACACAAACAUCUAUAGAGUUUUGUCCCUUUAUCUAAUUUUAUCCCUUAGAUAAGGUCUUAUACUGUGUCGACACUUUUCUGUUUAAGAUAGCCAUGCCAUAAAUGUCUACGUGACUUGAGAAAUUUUUUACUUCCUGAUGAAGGUAACUCCAGAGAUGUAUUAAAUUUAUAAAGUAUUAUUCUAAAAUUUCGACAUGUUAUCAGGUCAUAGUAACCUUUACAAGUGACCUUUCUGCAAAAAGUGUCCAGAUUAUAUUAAUCUGUACAUUAAUCAAUAAAAUUAACAUAAUUUUUAAAGGCUUGAAUAAGUUAACUAUUUUUGAAUUUUCAAGAGAUAAAGAUAUGAUAACAGAAAAUCAGUUUGGUGUUCAAUUAUAUUUUAAUAGACAAAGAUAUGUUCAUAAUAAAAGAAAAUCUGUUUGAUGUAUGUAAGGCAAUCUUGAAUUAUAUUUUUAAUUGAAUACUGGCAAAGAGAUGUUAAUAUGUAUCAAGCAAGCCGUCUUGAUGUUAAAUUGAUAGUUUGAUUGCAGACAAUUCAAAGGCUGUGAAAUUUACUUAUUUAAGAUUAAUUUUGAAAGGUAUAAUUUCUUACCAAGUUUUAUUUAUUCUGAGUUUCAGGAUUGAACAUCUUUAGUUUAUAUUUAUUUUACUUGUAAUUUUUAUCCAAAUAUUAAAAAAGGUUAGUUUUGUAUUAAAAUUCAUAAACAUUA